AUAAAAUAGAAAAAUAGUCUAAAAUAAAUUAAAACGUCAUAACAUCACAAGCCAUGAAUCAUAUUAAGAAGAACAGAACAGAAGAAAAGAAAAAGCUACAUGCAAACAUUUAAGAAACGUGCAGAUAGCCUAAUGUCCACGUUCACAUGUGUACAGCUAGUAGCCUAUUAACUGAACAGCCAUAGCUCAAUCAGUAGCCUGUCAAUUAUCGUUGAUGGUCACCAUUAGCCGCGCUCACCGACGCCCCCUGCAGCGCUUUACUGCAGCUCCUGUCACAUUUCCCCAUUCACAUGGAGCGCCUGGAUUACAGAGAAGAGGAAGAGAGAAGCGUGAUCUCAUCAUACAUUCACCUCAUUUCUCCUGAUACCACUAGAGACCGCAAGUGGAGCGGCGAUAGCCUACACGCACCUAACACACAUUCAUUUUUUCCUUUCAUUUUUUUUUUUCUUCGAUCAUGCAAAUGUAAGAUUUUCUCAGGAAAAUAAGGAAUUAUAUUUUCUGGAACAAUAGUCAGCUGCUGUUGCGCUGAAGGAUCCAGCAGAUGCGACUCUGGGCUCCUGCUGACCACACAGUGAGUGCUUUGUGGAACUGUGAUGUUUUCUUUCUCUUAAGCUCCGUUAUUGUCAGUUUCCAUCUGCCAUUAAAAGAUGCAGAGGUUGCAGUAUUUAAACAGCACUAGUAUGCCAAACCACAAUUAUGAAUGGAGCUACGAAUACUACGACGACGAAGAGCCCUUGUCUUUCGAGGAACUCAAAGCACAUAGAUAUUCCAUUGUGAUCGGAUUCUGGGUGGGUCUUGCAGUUUUUGUCAUUUUCAUGUUUUUUGUUCUGACUCUCCUGACCAAAACAGGAGCCCCACAUCCAGAGGCUGCCGAGCCUUAUGAAAAACGGAUGCGGCUCAUCAGCUGUGCAGAGGGUCUGAGGGGUCAGCGUGUGGCAGACACCCGGACGGGUCUCUCUCGCCCUUUACUGGAGGAGUCCCAGUCUCUUUUUCACUGUUACAUCAAUGAGGAGGCGCGAGAAGGGGUAAGGACUCUGAAUGAUGUUAAUGGUGCUGUCCAUGGACGUACGGGAAGAGGUGACUCCAGAGGGCAUGUGGAGACAACUGGUUUAGUCGUCCAGAAUACGGUCUUGGAGACUAGGGUGGAAAGAGAGGCUGCACUCCUGGCCCAUUUCAACAUUCCCAACUUUGUGAACUCUGAACUGAGCUCGGCUCUGGGGGAAGAAGACUUACUGCUGGGUGAUCCCCCAAUCAUAAUGGAGGAGGCCCGUCCUCGUUGUACACAUCACAUCAUUGACUGAAUUACCGAUUUUAGACUUGCGGUGGAGUUUGAGGAUGUUCGAAGAUGCCUUUAUUCACUCAUUAUUGCUCCAUUCAUUAUCUUCAACUAAGCCUUUGAUCUGGUGGAGACUGAUGGUGUUUUGCUUCAACACUUCCACACCUCACCUCCAAAAUGAGCUGUGUUCAAAGACUGGGCUCAGAGUGCUUUAAGGCUGAGCUAUUAUCUCACUUUUGUGUAAAAUGUUAGGUUAGGUCAGGCUGUCAGACUGCAAGAUCUAAAGAUCCAAAUGGGAUAUUGCAAAGAAUUCUUGACAGCAGAGACAAAAAAGCUAGAACAAGAGUGAACAAACAACAAAGACAGGAUGACUUUGUUUGGAAACUAGUGGUUAGAAAGAGUCAAAGAUGAAGUAAGAAAAAAUGUAAUCCAACAAGGACUCUGUUGCCAGAGUUACAACUGUUGGGAGAGAUUCCAACAGAUUGCAAUGCCUUAUUGGUUCAUAUCAUUCCUAUUAUAUGCAUGAUUUGAAAAUGCUCUUCAUGUGCAGUGGAAAUACAUUUUUUUUUUAAACAUUCACAUGCCAUCAUCCUUAUGUAGCCUAAUAGCAAAAUUGCACCAAUUUGGUAUUGCACUGCCUAGUUCUCUGGGCUUGUCAUGCGACCAAAUACGCAAGUAGAAAAUAGAUUAGAGCUGUCUGCACCUGUUGGCUGAAACGGAAGCUUGCAUUCUUGCUCCUCUUGAUUGUCUACAUCAGCUGCCUGAGUUGCUGUAGAAAAAUUAAAUAAUUCAAUUCUUUCUCUCCUGUUUUACUGAACACCUGUAUACCGAUAAAGUUCAGUUGAAAACACUUUGCAAAGCUUCCUGUGGUGAUAUUGCAUGUGUUGUGAAAGCAGUUUGGACCCUUAUAUAUCUGAUGAUGCUAGUAAGCAAUGCCCGAGAAACCAUCCAGAAAACCCUAGCGCCUGCACAGCAGUGUGCUACAAACAACUCAGAAUACAUAAGCAACCACACAGAAACGCCACUGUAGCAAUACAUUUUUCACAGGCAAACACCACUUACAUUUUCUUCACAUAGUAUAAAAAUCUAGUUGAA